CCUCUUUCCUCCUCCUUCCAUCUCCCUCGUCCGCCGGCCGCCAUGCAUCCCUCCCUCCCCCAUUCGCUUUGGGACCCGCCUGCUGCGGCCUCCUCCAAGAUGCCGCCUAAUCAGCCUCUCAAGGCGGACCAGACCAAGAAGCCUCGUCACCGUCAUGCGCCUCACCAGCUGGCUGCACUCAACGAGCUCUAUGACAAGACCGAGCACCCGUCGUUGGAGGAGAGAACAGCACUAGCAGAGCGGCUAGGAAUGGAAACAAAGACGGUGAACUCAUGGUUCCAGAAUAAACGCGCCUCGUCAAAGAAGCGACACAAAGCCCCGCUCACGCAAUGCGAGCUGCCGUCUAUUUCUGCGCUGAUUGCGUCCGUCUCCGCGCCCCCCUCGACGCAUCUCUCGCAUCAAAUCGAAUACGACGAGUUGUCCGAGGACGAGUACCUGUCACCUCAGCCGGCGUCUGCUGUACACUCAUCACAGCAGCACACGCUCUUCUACGCCGCCGAGCCGCAGCAGAAGGAGAUGUUCGAGUCGGAAGGGUCGGUGCCGCGGAAGGCGCGGUCGCGGCCGAGUGCGGAGCAGACGGAGGAGCUGAAAAAAUUCUAUGAGCUCAAGGCUCACCCGACGAAGGAGGAGCGGGAGGCCCUCGGGGUGAAGAUCGGAAUGCGCUACCAGAGUGUCACCAACUGGUUCCAGAACCAGCGAAGCAUCGCCAAAAAGCGUGAAGAGUCCGCCGCCGCCAAGGCCGCCAGCAGCAGCCAGUCCUCCUCCCGCGCCUACUCGCCCUUCCCCCUCCCGCCCUCGUCCAGCGUCGCACACCCGUCGCUCGGUGUCCCGCCACCGACGUCGCAUCCUUCCCUCUCGGCCCUCCUCCACAACAUCCCUCGCGCCCGCCGUUCGCCCAGUGCCGCCCCAAGUGUCUCCAGCCGACCCAGCCGACCCUCAUCCCCCCGCGCGUCGCCAUAUCCGGUUCAUCAGCCCUCGGUUGAUGCGGCCCACCGUCGUCCCCGCCGUACACGCCCCGAGCCAUGGCAGCUCGAGGCGCUCAAGAAGCUCUUCAACCGAACAAAGACGCCCUCGAUCGAGGACCGUCAACGCCUCGCUGCGGAGAUCGGCAUGGACGUGGGCAAGGUGACCAACUGGUUCCGCAAUCUGCGUCAGUCAGAUCGCAAACGUGCCCGCCGAAACGGGAGCGCGAGCGCCGACGAGAUGGACGAGGACGCGGACACCACGAUGGACGUCGACGAGGACGACAGCACGAAUGCCUCCUUCUCGCGGACGGCGACGCCUAGCGCAACGUCGACCUCUGGCGUCGAGUAUGUCAAGAUGGACGUGGCCGAUGAGAAAUCCCACCAUCACAUCCGUCCUCACCAACCCCGCUCAAUCUACGUGCGGGCGCCAUUAGCGCAUUCGCAGUCCGAGUUGGCCAGUGACGAGGAGCUGCCGGAGGCUGUCACGCCUUCCCCGGAGUCGUCCCCGCCGCCACCUACUGUCGCAUCGACAUCUAGUCUCGCACUUCCUCUUGCGCACCCCCACGCGCGUGAGACAAAGGCUUCGAUCGACCGAUAUGCGCUGGAGUACGCGCAAUACGAGAACGAGAAGAUCGCACAGACCGCUCAGCCCGAGCUGGAAGCCACAGGCGUGAAGAUGGAGGACGCGUUGCUCCUUCUCAGCUUCCACCACGGCACCGUCGUGCACUGAUGCAAAAGUAUGCGUAUUCUGUCAUUUGUACAUAUGUAUAAUUCCCGCAACCAUGUCAACGGACCCUUCGCAUCCCGUAUACACGCCUUCCGUCCCGACAUGUACCAACGCGCAUCUAACCUAUUCAAGUUUACCCGCCGCCACCAUGUCUCCAUGAACGCUCCGUUCUCACAUUGUAUGCGUUCGCGUCCCGCCUUCAGCCCUGCGCCCUAUCAGCGCGCCACCCCGUGUUGUCUACGCUAUACGAACUGUCUGUAGAGUCUUCGUUCGCUCGCACGACGUGCACCCGUUCAUGCCUGCAGCCGCAGCUUACUCUUACCUUGUCUUAUAAUAUCCCAUACGUUGGUCACUCGCAUCACACGCACUAUCCCCGCCGUGUUCC